GGUAGUUCCGGUUCCGGUGGGCGGGUCUUCGUGCUAGCUGUCCGGUGGUCACGGUUGGCGGCCAUUCACUGCGUCAAGAUGCUGCGGAAUCUGAUGGCUCUUCGCCAGAUUGCCCAGAGGACCAUAAGUACUGCUUCCCGCAGGCAGUUUGAAAAUAAGGUUCCGGAGAAACAAAAGCUAUUCCAGGAGGAUAAUGGAAUUCCAGUGCAUCUGAAGGGUGGGGUGUCUGAUGCCCUCCUGUAUAGGGCCACUAUGAUUCUUACAGUUGGUGGAACAGCAUAUGCCAUAUAUCAGCUGGUUAUGGCUUCAUUUCCCAAGAAGCAGGAUUGACUUCAAUUUGUUAUUCCACAAUUGAUAAAUGGACCAUUAAUCUGAAUUCUUUGGGGAUCAAUAUUUAUUGACUUGUACUUAAUUGCCACCAAUAAAGCAGUCUUUACCAUG